GCAAGUCGGAUUUACGGAAGGCUUUAAGGCUUCGUCGCUUCGAGUUCGGUGAUUCGCGCAAGAGGAGGUUCUGGAAUCUGAAGAUUGGAUUUCGCCAAGUUGGUCAACUGCUUGCUUGCGGUCAGAAAUUUGUUUGCCUGUCGGGUCCGUCGUGAAUCGCAAGGGCCUCCGGCAUCAGGAGAUCUAGGUUGCAGUUGCUCUUUCACAUGCUGCCAUCUUGGAGGAAUCCAUGCGGGCACGAAAUUUACUCAUGGAACAGAAUGUUGCUUUAGAUUUAGCACGACGGGAGGCAGAGAUGGCCAUUCGUGCACGCAAUGAUUUUUUAGCUGUCAUGAACCAUGAGAUGCGGACUCCCAUGCAUGCAAUCAUUGCCCUCUCCUCCCUGCUUCUUGAAACUGAACUCACGCCAGAGCAACGUUUGAUGGUAGAAACCAUCUUAAAGAGUAGUAACUUGCUAGCUACACUAAUCAAUGAUGUUUUAGACCUUUCUAAGCUUGAGGAUGGCAGCUUCGAGUUGGAGGCUACAGUUUUCAAUCUUCAUACUCUCUUCAGAGAGGUCGUAAAUUUGAUAAAGCCAAUAGCGGCUGUCAAAAAAUUGUCAGUGGUGGUGUCUCUUUCUCCUGACUUGCCAUCAUGUGCCAUCGGAGAUGAGAAACGGCUUGUACAAACUAUGCUUAAUGUUGUCGGCAAUGCUGUUAAGUUUACAAAGGAGGGUAGUAUAUCUAUUACUGCGACUAUUGCAAUGCCAGAUUCCUUGAGAGAUUCGCGAGACCCAGAGUUCUACCCUGUCUUAAGCGAUGGGCAUUUCUAUUUACGAGUACAGGUUAAGGACACCGGUUGCGGAAUAAGUCCACAGGAGUUACCUCACCUCUUCACUAAAUUUGCGCAUAGCCAGAAUGGUUCUAACAAAGGUUACACGGGCUCUGGGCUUGGGCUUGCCAUCUGCAAGAGAUUUGUGAAUCUCAUGAAAGGACGCAUUUGGCUUGAAAGUGAAGGUAUUGGCAAAGGCUGCACCACCAUUUUCAUUGUGAAGCUGGGCAUCAGUGAAGAUCCCGCUCUCCGCUUUCAGCAAAAGUUAUUGCCCCCAAUCCGAGCAGGUCAAGGGGAAGCAGAUCCCUUUGGUUUAAAACCAGCUCCGAAGGAUGAGAAGAAUGCGAUCCCAUCGAAGAUUUGGCAUCAGAGAAGCUUCUAGAUUGAACCCAAAACAAGCAUUUCGAAGCCGUUGGAUCUGUGCUUGUACACUCGAAGCUAAGGUCAAAUUGAAGUGCAAAUAAAAGAAGCAAUUCUCUAUCAUUCCAGACUUCCAGAUUCCAGAGCUUGAUCUAAAACUGUAAGUGAAGUAUUACAAAUUUGUUUUGGGUUUACUGAACCGUUAGAAUUCAUCAUGAGGUAGUAAUAUUGAGAGAGUUAUCAAAUCUGAAAGAGCGGUGUUCAGUAUUCACUUAGCUUACAUGAAGUUAUGUUGUCACUACACAAUUUAUAUGAUAAUCUUUUAUUUUCUCACAGACUAAGGAGAUUGAUCCUGCUGAUUAAUAAACCAAAAAAUUUGAUUAGAA